UCACCCUGUAAUGUAUUUAAGUUGGGCUCAUCAUUGCAAGCUUUCAGUUCAUUUACAACCAUACUAAGAAUGAGAUUAUUGUUUGUUCUUGGACUCUGCCUUGCUGUUGUGUCUGCCCAAAGGGGUCCUCGGCCUAAUGGAGGACCUAAGCGAGGAGGACAUGGACCUCCAUUAGUCUGUGAUGAUGGAGCAGAUGCAUCCUGUGAAUGCACAACUAAACCCUGCGGACCUGGAGGAAACUUACCCGACUGUACAUGUGCUGAUGGCUCAACUCCUUUCAUCAAACCUCCAUGUAAUGAUAACACCUUCCCGUCCUGCCCUGGAGCAUGUGAGGAUGGAUCAGAUCCUAAUCUUGGAGUUUUCGGUGUUGAACCUUGUGCUGAUGGGUCUAAGCCUAAUAUGAGGCUGUGUGUAUGUGCUGAUGGUACAGAACUAAAACCUCAUGGUGGAAGACCGGGUGGUCCAGGAGGAAAAAGGGGUAACAACGAAGAAUAAUCUUGAAUUUCUUCAAGUUGGAAAGAUAAAUCUGAUAUGAAAUAAAUUUGAUGAUUGUAAAAUUAAACAGCUGUCAAUAAAAUUGUAUUGGUGUUUAAUAA